AUGGCACCCCCCUUGUCCCAGCUCGUUCCCUGGAUCCCAUCACAUGCCACUUUCAUCCUCUUGCCCCCAGCCCUUGCAUCAUUGUGGCAGCCUGGGCACCCCCCUGCAGUCACCCCUUCCCUGCCCACAGGGUGCCUGCCGGCGCUGAAGACGCGGGAUGAGGGCACCAUCUCCAAACCACAGCAGAUCAUAACUCACCUCAGGAAGCAGAAGUACAACGCUGACUACGACCUCUCAGCCACGCAAGGGGCCGACUCGCUGGCCUUUGUGUCCCUGCUGGAGGAGAAACUGCUGCCUGUGUUGAUCCACACCUUUUGGGUGGACACAAAGAACUACGUGGAGCACACACGGAAAUGGUACGCAGAAACCAUUCCCUUCCCCCUGAACUUCUUCCUGCCCAACUGCAUGCACAAGCAGCACCUGGAACGGCUGCAGCUCAUGUGGGGAGACAGCUACAUGGAGGAUGAGGAGAAGCUGGAGAAGGAGCUCUACCGGGAUGCUCGGGAAUGCCUGACACUCCUGUCCCAGCGCCUUGGCUCCCAGAAGUUUUUCUUCGGUGACUCGCCAGCCUCCCUUGAUGCCUUCGUCUUCAGCCGCCUGGCGCCGCUCCUGAAGGCAAAGCUGCCCAACGGGAAACUGCAGCAGCACCUGAAAUCCCUGCAGAACCUGUGCAACUACUGCACCUCCAUCCUCAGCCUCUACUUCCCCUGGGAUGGAGGUGAGCCCCUGGCCAGUGUCCCGCGGGCUGCAGGUGCCGACGGAGGUGAGACAGAGGAGGACCCCCACAAAUGGCGCAACCAGCUGCUGUCGGUGCUGGUGGGGCUGGCGGCCAUGCUGGGCUAUGCCUUCCUGAGUGGCAUCGUCUCCAUCCAGCGCAGCAGCGCAGGGCCAGUUGGCCGCGAGCCCAUAGCCCUAGAGGAGGAGGAAGAGGAGGAGGAGGAGUGA